AUGGUUAUCCGCCAAACGAGUGUUUGGUUCAUCAGCCAUGACGAGCCUUAUUUGUAUUGCCAGUACUACCGCAAUGUAGACCACCAUGCUCUGGGGCCACGUCAGUGCAUUAUUGGGAAAUGUCUUGCUAUUGUACAGGCAGUUUUUGUAAAAUGGAUUAUACUUCUUUUCUCCCCCUCAAAUACGGAUUUCCUUCUUUUCUCCCAGUCCAUUGCUGCGUCAGUAAUUCGGUCAUCCUCUUCUUGGUCGUGGAAUGAACCGAGGCCGGGGAAGUCGACCGUAUCGUCACUUCCGGGCAGCGACGAUAUGUCCUAA